AUGGAUUACACAGAGCUCUUUCAACAGUCAAACGCGCUCGUCGCGUUCAGCAAUGGCGCGCACUGGGUCGCAAACGCCAUCCACGACCGCCUCGUCGUGCGGCGCGCUGAUACAUUCCAGAUUACACGUACCUGGCGCGUCGACGCUGCACCCUCUCCAUCGAACCUCUCGUUCGCCACAAACUCCAACAGGCAUUCUCCCGUGAGUCAGGCUCCCGCGACGUCUGCGUCAACGGAGCCCGCAUUAAUCAGCCACAUUGGUUGGUCCGCCGACUCCGAGUUUCUGCUUGCCGCAUCCGCACGUCAUGGCGUCGUCAAUGUUUUCAAGAUGCGCGACGAAGAUUGGUCUGCACGGAUCGAAGCUGGUGUCGAGGGUCUCAUCAAGGCCGAGUGGACUCCAGACGGACGUCACAUCCUUUGCUUCUCGGAGUGGGGUCUCCGGGUUACCGUUUGGUCUCUUCUCACUGGACAAGCAACGCAUAUACAAUAUCCCAAACUUCCCGAUCGAGGUUAUGCCUUCAGACGCGAUGGUCGCUACUUCGUCCUCGCCGAACGUCAUAGAUCAAAGGACAUGCUCGGUGUCUAUGACGCAGGCGACUCCUUCAAGCAAGCUCGACAUUACGCACUCCCUACUUCCUCCCUAGCGUCUUUGUCUGUUUCUCCAACAGGAAAGCAUAUAGCAGUAUGGGAAGGUCCUCUUGAGUUUAAGCUUUGCAUCCUCACCUUGACUGGGACGUUAUUGUCAACAUUUACUCCCGAGCCAGAUGCUGGGCUCGGCGUACGUUGCGUGGCCUGGCAUCCAUCCGGAUCGUUUAUUGCAGUCGGUGGCUAUUCCGAUAAAGUAUACAUUUUGGAUGGAUUAAGCUGGUCUUGCGUGGCGACACUGGAUCUGAGUAACCGCAUACCUUUGGAUGUCAAUGUAUGGCGUGAGCCUGCAAAUUGGAUAGAAGCGACUUUGGGUCGAGGCUAUUUGACAUAUGAACGGCCUCAAGGCACACAAACGGUACCUAUGAUCAGAGCAGACGCAUCAAAGGCAUAUCCAAAGAUUGGUCUUGUUCAACUUGAGUGGAAUGUAAAUGGAAGCUUGUUGCUUACACGCUACGAAUCAAGUCCUACUGCGUUAUUCAUUUAUUCCUUCCCUUCCCCUUCAGAGCGCUUCAAACCAAAGUUACGAAGCGUUCUGCUGCAAUCCACACCCAUCUUACAAGCACGUUGGAAUCCCGUCCGAGCCGGUGCACUUGUUCUAUGCUGCGGUGGCGGGGGCAUGUACAUGUGGAGCAACGAAUGGUCGUCUGAGUCCGAGGAUAAGGCACAUACUGAUGCCGAUGAGGAAGAGAUUGCGGAAUGUAUUGGUAUACCAGCAAAGAAGUUCCAGUUACGGGACGUUCGCUGGGCACCAGACGGGAAGGGACUCUUGUUAAUUGACAAAGAUGUAUUCUGUUGCGCGUUCGAAGUUGAGCAAGACGAUACCUGACUGACGCUGUGUUCCUGUUUUCCGACGUAUCGUGGGUUUCUGUUGUCGCGGAAGGAUUUAGGCUGUGUUCAUGUCCAUUAAUCUUUACCGAUUUUGUCUCGUAUGUUUUGUAAUGAAUUGUUUUCCGG